AUGGCUCUCUCCCAGAUCCAGUGUCUGGACGACAACAACGUGAACCCGCGGACGCACGAGUCCAAACCGGAGUUCUUCUACUGCGAGGACCAGCGGCUCGCGCUCGAGGUUCUGCUGCGCGACGGGCGCGAGGGCUUCGGGAAGUACCUGGAGACGCGCGGCCUGCGGGGCUUCUUGUCCGACCCGGAGCUCGAGGUUCUGGCCCGGACCGUGGAGCCCUACGACCCGGGCUCCGAGCUCUUCCCGGAGGGCGACGAGGACGAGCCGCUGUCGCUGCACUACUGGCCAGAGCUGUCGGACACGUCCAUCCCGCAGAUGGACCUGGGCUGGCCCGACAGCGACGGGUACCGGGGGGUGACGCGCACCACCGUGUACACGCAGCCGCCGAUGGAGGGUCAGGUCCACAUCAAGGAGGUGGUCCGGAAGAUGAUUGCACAGGCGCAAAAGGUGAUAGGGGUGGUCAUGGAUGUCUUCACCGAUGUCGACAUCUUCAGAGAUUUGCUAGAUGCCUGUUUCAAAAAAAAGGUUUCUGUCUACAUCCUGCUGGAACGCACGGCGCUACCCCACUUCCUGUCCAUGUGUCAGAGGGCCAACAUGCACGCUGGACACCUCAAGAAUCUUCGUGUUCGCUGCACAGGAGGAGCAGACUUCGUCACCCGGUCCUGCACCAAGAUCAGCGGGCGAAUGAGCCACAGGUUCAUGUUCAUCGAUGGAGACAAAGCUGUGUCCGGGUCAUACAGUUUCACCUGGAUGUCCUCGCGGCUCGACAGGAAUCUCAUCACCGUGAUCACGGGCCAGGCUGUGGAUGGCUUUGACCGACUGUUUCGUUUCCUCUACGCAUCCUCCAGCUCUGUAAACCUCCGGAAGGUCUCCCUGGAGCCGGAGCCAGAGCCGGAGCCCGUCCCACUGCCGACUGUGGUGGCGCCACCUUCUGCUGCUAUUGCUAGGAAACUGUUCAACCCCAAAUAUGCCCUGGUGGCCGCGAGCAACCCCAGCCCCACCACCUCUGUUGACAGCCCAAAAGAGACCGAAGAUUUAGGCAACUCCAAGAAGAACAGGCGAAGAAAAGCCAUUGAAGAGGAUGCUCCUCCCCUCCACCCUGGACUAGUGGAUCUAGAAAAGGCACAGUUGAUCUCAUACCUGCCCACCUGGCCAGAACCUGACCCCUCCAGUGAUGUGAUUGGGUUUAUUAACAUUCGGGAUACCACCAAACCAACUCAAGUCCAUUUGCAGCGGCAUGAGAUGUUUGAAACCAGCCAGGCGAUCAGGUUCAGUAGUCCAAUCGCCAAGGAAAAAGAAACCUUGCCAGAGGUCGCCAAGCCCAGACAGCUAACUGUUAAUUAUGAGGACCUGAAUAAACUCCAACCAGCUCAAAAUACAAAGACUGAAAAGUUGGUGGAGGACAAACCACAACCAGCACAAGUCAGUGUGGCUCCUGGUGACUUCAAGAGCCAAAAGGAGGCACCUGAACAGAAAUCAGCUGCAUCUGAGCAGAAAUGGAAUCCUGACAAAGACACCACUGAGGCUCUCAACACUGUGAACAUACUGCAUUCAAGCACAGCCACCAGCCCAGAUGUAGGCCAUAAUACACCACACCUUAGUACCCAAUCCAACAGUAAAACACCAGCUCCUGACCAGACAAAGGAUUGCCACACGACACAAACUUUCCACACAAAUAGUCUCAAGUCAGACUCACUCCCAGAAACAAACACUAAUGAAAAGGAAGCAGAAACUGUACCUAGUUUAAACAAAAAAGCUCUUGUUAUGUACAGAACUCACGUCUUGAAGUCGGAAAAUGUACAUACUUCUCAACUGCAUGGCCUCACUGACUUAAAGCCAAACACAGAAGAAGACGCUAAAGAAAAGACUGUGCUGUCGCAUGCAGAUUCACACAGACAGGCUGUGAACAUGCAACCAGAAAUCUCUUCUGAAAUGACUCCUAACACCAACACUCCCAUUGUUCACAGCCACAUUUCCACCUCCUCUGCUCCUGCUACACAGUCUGUUAGCUCAGCCUCCCGUUCUGAAAAUAACCACACUGAGUUUACUACAGAGCACCAGAGCACAGAUACUAUUGAUUCUGUUCCCUCCACCAGCUCCUCCUCUUUCCUUCGUCCCCUUCCCUCGUCGUCUACAGCUUCAGAUCCUCCCUUCCCUUCGUCCCCAUCUUCUCUGUCCUCUUCUUUGACCUCAGCGCCCCCAAUUCCUAAACCUCGUACUGUUCAGUUGGUUAUCAAAGACAGUAGCAUCAGCAAUAGCCACAAGCUGCCGGAGAUCUCAGUCAUUAAGAAGACAAACACCAGCACAGCACCACUAGUGGUCCACAGUGAGCCGGCGGUGGUGCAGACACCUCCAGUGAAAGAGCCGCACACUGUCCCAGAACUGCUGGAUCAAGUCAAACCAGAAGCACAAAAAGACACUCAUGACAUAGAAAAACCAAAGGAAACGCCACGGCAAAAACAGAGCGCGACGUCUCAAGAGACAAAGGGCAAAGAAACAAAUGGACAACGUGACGGCAGAGCAGAAACGCAACCGGUCACCAGAAAUAAACUGCACACCCAAUCAAAUGGUUUGAUCACAGGGGCACCAAAGGCAGCCAAUGUGACUAGUCAAGAAAUAAUUCCAAAAGAUGUUGAUUCCAAGACUUUGGUGUCAAGCGACUGCAAGAUAACCCCAAAGACAGAAACAGCUACGGUAGAGACUGACACCACGGCCCCAGAAAAACCCCCAACAAGCUCUGACUUUUCUACAAAUGAAAAAGAUGAAAAUGUGACAAAUUGCAACGUAAACCCUGCACAUGACCCUGACAGACUGUCGUACUAUAAAUUGACUCCAGAGGACAUAGAUGUAUCAGAGGAUGUGGACUCUGUUAAAACUCCAGCACACAUUCCUGUUUCUACCUCACAAAGCCCGUGCAAGUCAAACGUCAGCGCUAUCGAUGGCAGAAACACAUCUGCUGCAGACGCGCCAGAUCAGCAAGGUAAACAAGCCAGAUUCACACCCACAGCCAGUCUGCCAAAUGCUGCAAAACACAACACAGACGGCACAUUUCAAGAACAAACUCCCAAAGCACGAGCAAGCGCACAAUCCCUGCGUUUGUACCUCACCGAAACAAACGUGCCAGAUUUGCGCUCUCCGACCCCUGAGCGAGAAUCCCGGUUGCUCAUGGCUCUUGUGCGCACCCCAACUCCCGAUGGAUUUCCUUCGCACGCAUCCACCCCGGAUUCACGGACAACCACGCCGGACUUUCGUACGCCUACGCCCGACUCUGCUCUCUCCACCACCUCUGAAGAGUACUACGAAUGCAGCGACUCCCCUUACCAUGAGCCUGUUUUGGACCAUAUGGGUUUUCUCAAGCGCGGGACGACAGAGGAUUAUGUCGGCUUCACACUCACAAACGCUCAUCAUGCUUCCACCAGUGGCGCCAGCCCUGCAUGUAUAAAUUAUAGCCCCGGUGCUGCUACAUUAGGCGCUGAAGGCAGGAAUACUUCUUGCAGUGACACACCGACUUUAACUGGGCCUACUAGAGUUUCCUCUUCUUCUGUGCUUGUGAAGAAAGUGAGGGAACCAGAGGACACCUCAAAUGUCAAACAAGAGGAUGAAACAAGGAGGAAACUGAACACGGUGGAGAGGAGGGUAGAGCGAGAAUCCCAGGGGACAGAGAGGAGAGACAGCGAGGAGGCUAACAGAGGAGUGGACCAUUUUACGCAAGAUUCAACAGAAGUGCCCGAUAAAGUUAAAGAGGCUUCUAAGAGAAGGUUGGUGCCGAGCCAGUCAGCAGCACCUGUCGACGAUGGAGUGGCUGCAGGAGGAUCGACUGGUGAAGGAACGGAGCCUAAAGUUUUCAGGUCCACCGGUGACCUUAAAACAGAGGCGGUUUCAUCUAAGGGACCAGACAAAGUGACCUCCAGCAGGGAGAAGACAACCAGCCAGACGGCACUUAGACCCAGCGGAGUAGAGAGGAGAGAGAGCCUCCAGUUAACCAGAGAGACCGAAGCUCAGAAGCUUUUGCAUUCUCCCUCCAAAAAUCAGCGAGUUCAGCAGCUCGACAGCAGGGCUUUCUCCCCUUCCCGACCGCCCAGAGCCCCUCGGCCCCUCUCAGCUACCCAGUCUUUAGGGCCUCGUCCGUGGGCAACCCGUCAGCUGAGUCAACCAGACGGCAAAGUGCUCCACGGUAGCCUCCAGGUCUUGGAUAAUACGCCAUCUCCUCGUAGAAGUCCGUCCAGACCGCCUCCUGCAGGGGCAGCGGGUUCUGUCGGUUCUGCCACCGGGCGGAAGCAGGUUUCCGGCAGCCUCCUCCCUCGACAGCCUCCAGCGGCACAGGGCAGGGCGAGAGCCGGACAGACGCAGAACCAAACUCAGUAUCCAAAACCUCAAGCUUCCUUUCUUCAUACACACUCUCACCUGCAACUCCAGUCUCAAACCCAGAACCAGAUGGUACCAGCGGAGGAGGUGCACGGACAGGAUGAAGUGAGGGCUCCGUUUAGCUUCACUUUCAGCAAGCUGUACAACCUGAAGGGCCUGAAGGACAAAAUGAGCAAGCUGCCGACGCAGAGCAAGAGAGGCAGCACCAGCUCCUCGGUGCAGGGAAAUAAGAGCUCAAGCUAAAGUGGCGUCGUCAGCCAUCAAGGUUUCUGUUACUUGAACAUAUCCGGCCUCAGAAAAAGGGCGAAAUCCCUCCUGUGACGUUGCUAAGUUUUGGACUAAUGAGUAAAUGUGUGCUUUUCUCUUGAAAAUACUUUUAUUCCAUUUGGUGCAUUUCAAACUUGAAAUUCUUUUCAUGUUGAAAUGAAGCUGCUUGACAAACUGUUGUCUGAGCUUUUCCUCUUUAGUAAGUCCUGACCUCUGGAAUUCCAGAUUUAAUCUUAGCUGCAUUUAAUUAAAUUAUUAUAACUGAAGCAUCACAAAACUGUUUUCAGCCUCUUGGUCUCAGUUAUAAAACAACUGAAUGAUGGAGCUGUGUGUAAAUAUGUUUUUUCUCACAUUUUCAUGCGAAAUAGCUGAACUUUUUUUUCAUUGAUAGCCAAACAAGAUGGUUAUAAAUCUAGUCGUUCUCUUCCUGCACAGUAAAUGCUACAAUCAACUGUACAGUGGAUCGAGCAUAAAGAAAAGUGGUUGUUUAUCGAGAUGCCUUUUUGUGAAGUGUCACUCUGAGUCGACCACUUCAUACCUCAGCGUUAUUCUUUUCUGUCUUUUCACUCGCUCUGGGGUGGUGCAAUGUGAAUGCAGAAUAACGAAUCUGUAUUUAAAUUUUACUGUAUGAGUAACUGGGAUUCAACAUAGUGUACUUUAAUAGACUUUAAAACUGGUACUGUCGAAUGUUUCAUGUAAGAAAAAGUGUUUUUAAUAUGAAAAUACACACUGCAGUUCGGGCCAAUUCAUGCUUUCUGUGUCUGGGUUUCUGCAACGGUCGGCAUGAUGUAAAUUUAAGUGUCCGUGAGGAUUCUUUCGGCCUGCAGAUAUCUACGUGCAAAGAAAUUGUACUCAAAACAACUUUUAGUUUUGAAGAGAGGCUGUGCGAAGAGAUUCUACUCGCUUUUUUAUCCUUUGUAUCCUUUAAAAAGUCCAAAGUUACUGCACUUCUGUACUUCUAAGGAAACCUUUUGUGUUGUUAGAUGUAAUGUGGAAGAGCAGUGCAACCAUUUACACAGCAGAUCAAUGCACAGUGUACGUAUAUAUAUGCAUAUUGGCCUUUACAGAGAACUGCAUGGUGCGAUGCUAGACGUUGCUGCAAACUAAUGAAAGUCAGUUUUCUCCAAUUGUUUACCAGCAUCACUUUACAUUCAGUUUGCAGAUAAAUAAGUACAUUUUCAAAUGAACGGUAAAUAAAAAAAGAAGUUUGUCUGCCUCCAA